GACCGGGCCUGGGAGACCUACCGAUGAACUCGGGCCCGGCCGGAGGAGAUUUUCCCCUUCUCAUCCAUACCCAAAUAUCGACGGCAAGCCCUCGUCGAUCUCUCCAUGCUUUCAAACCGCGGAAAAUUUCUAGGUACCUAUUCCGAAGCUGAUUCCUUGUUUUCUGGUUAUGUUAUUUUGAUCGAUUUCUGGGAGGAAACUUACGCUCCGAUUCAAUAUCUUGGCCUCCCAAGUUCCAAGAAUCAGAUGCAGUCGUAGCUCUUGAGAGGGCUCGGCGACUAAACUCGGCGGCCGGAUAUUAAGAAGCAAACGCUGAUUCAGAGGAAGAGAUCCCAGGGGGUUGUGCCUUAUGAUGGCAAGGGGAAAAAUUUUGGCCAUUUGCCAGUCAGGUGGAGACUUUGUAACAAAUAGUGAUGGAUCCAUGUCUUAUUCUGGUGGAGAAGCACAUGCAAUUGAUAUUGAUCAUGAAGUCACCCUGCAGGAUCUAAAGUCUGAGAUAUCUGUUAUGUUUAACUACAAUGCAAAUUCCUUUUCGAUCAAAUACUGCCUUCCAAACAACAAGCAAACUCUCAUCACAGUAUCUAAUGACAAAGACCUAAAGCGCAUGGUCGAUUUCCAUGCAGAUUCAGAGAUGACAGUUGUUUAUGUCUUGAAGAAGGUUGAGAACAGGACAACUAGGAGCGUUGUAGCUGACUCAGGUACCCCUACUGAUACUAUGACUGCCACAGUAGCUACUUAUGAAGAUGCCAAGCGACGAAAAUUGUACGCCAAUUGGGAUGGGAUGAUCACUGGUGUGGGGCAAAAGUUUGAUAGUUCAAGGGCUUUCCGGGAUGCACUGCACAAGUAUGCUAUUGUAAACAGUUUUAUGUAUAGAUUCAUAAAAAACGACAGGUGUCAUGUAACCGCUGAAUGUACUGCUGAGGAUUGCCCAUGGCGGGUACAUGCAUCUAGGUUGUCAGGUAAGCAAGAACUUAUGAUUAAGAAAAUGAAUGGCACUCAUACAUGUGGAAAGGAAAUGAGUAAAAAAUGUUAUCGUCUAGCAUCUCAACGAUGGGUUGCUAGUAUCAUAAAGGACAAGUUGCGUUAUACUCCGAAUUAUAAGCCAAGGGAUGUUGCAGAUGAUCUCCAACGUGAAUAUGGACUUAGCUUGAACUAUGCACAGGCAUGGCGUGGGAAAUUUCUUGCCAGGAAAGAGCUUUACAAUUCGCAUGAAGAGGCUUGUAAUCAGUUGCCUUGGUUUUGCAAUAGGAUUAUCGAAACCAAUCCAGGGAGUGUGGCUACAUUACAGACAUCAGAUGAUUCAAAAUUUCGUCUUUUUGUUGCCUUCCAUGCCUCUCUUAGUGGUUUUGAGCAUGGUUGUCGCCCCUUAAUUUUUCUGGAUGUAAUAUCUCUAAAAGCAAACAAGCAGUGGAAGUUGUUGGCUGCAACCACAGUUGACGGAGAGAAUGAUAUUUUCCCAGUUGCCUUUUCUGCAGUGGAGAUGGAGUCUAGUGAAAAUUGGCAUUGGUUUUUGGAGCAGCUGAAGUCUGCUUUGACAAUGCCACAUAACUUGACAUUCAUAUCAAAUGGACAGGAUGGUUUGGAGGAAAUCCCUCGAGUGUUUGAGGAUAGUAAUCAUGGUUAUUCUGUGCAUCACCUCAUUGCGAAUUUUAAGACACAGUUGGAGGAUUCAUGGACACAGGAAAUAAAAGAUGCAAUGGUUGAUCAUCUCAACCGAGCUGUAUAUGCUUGCAAAGCUGAUGAGUUUAAUGAAUGCAUUGAAGGCAUCAAGGCUGAAUCUAAAGAACUUGCUGAGUGGGUUCUGGAUACAAAACCUGAACGCUGGUCAGAUGCCUUUUUCAAGGGUUUGAGAUAUGGCUGUUACUCCUCCAGAACUGUGGAAACAUUUAAUGGCUGGGUAUCAGAAAGAAAUGAGCUAUCGUUAGUCCAGAUGGUCGAUAUGAUCAGGUGUAAGUUGAUGGAGAUGGUGUAUACUCGUAGGCAGACUUCUAACACUUGGGCUGAGCAACUCACACCAUCCAUAAAUCAAAAGGUACAAGAUGAGAUGAUCAAGGCACGGAACCUUAAAGUCAUAUGCUCAAUGGGGAACGUGUUUGAGGUACAUGAUGAUUCAAUCAAUGUUGUGAAUAUUGAAAAUUGGGAAUGCACUUGCAGGAGGUGGCAAGUUACUGGUUUGCCAUGCAUGCAUGCUCUUGCAGUAUUUCAACACAUUGAUAGAUGCAUGUAUGACUACUGCUCCAAAUAUUUCACAACUGAAUGCUACUGUCUAACAUAUUCAUUGUCCAUCAAUCCAAUACCUGAUGUUGGUAGGCCUUCGUGUACUGAUCCUUCUCAUUGUACAUUUGCAUGUCCUCGCACCCGUCGACUAGCUGGCCGGCCAAAAGAAAAGCCAGCUGACCCAAGGAUUGCAAUUAAAAGAGCAGUACGCUGCAGUCGGUGCAAAGAAUUUGGGCAUAAUAAGCAAACUUGCAAGGCACCUGCUUAGAUGUAUAAUCCAUUUCUUGUAUCUAUAUCAGUUAGUUUAUAGGAAUGUACAUUAUGUAUUAGAAAGUAAUAUUAUGAGUUCAUAUGGGUGGAAAUUGUUUUUAGACUUUGGAUGCUAAUAGAUUGUUGCAUGAACUCAUUGCCAAAGGUUAUGGUCUUUUGAUUUUUGUAGCCAACCGUAAUUUUGAACCCGAUAUACAUGGACAUCCUUCCAGAC